UGCCUGGUCAGGGAUAUUGUGCUGAGGUUCAACUGGACCUGCUCUGCUGACUUGACCCCAGCCUGCAGCCCUGGAGCCAGCCCAACCAUGGCCCUGCAGAUGCUGCUGAGGUGUGGUGUGGAAGCCUUAAGCCCUCGUCUGCACAGCGUGCUGCCUCAGAGUGAAAAGUGGCUGGUGGGACAGGCGUCCACUGUGGUGAUCCUGGUCGCUAUGGAGGAGAACCUGAUGACGUCACUGCCUGUGACGGAGAACAUACGUCUGGGCGUGCUGGAGGAUGUGGUGCUCUACAUGGAGAGGGAGAGCAACUUAGAAAACAAGAGGGUCUUGCUGCAGUGUUUUGGGAAAGUGCUGACCGGUCUGAUGCUGACCAGAAGAGAUGUGACCAGUGAUGGAUUCUUUCACAUCAAGGAGUAUUUCAAAAUCCCCCUGGCCAGUCUGACGGAAGUACUGAGAGCUGUGGACAUCAGCACUGUCAGGCAGAUCCUCCAGUACUUCAACAGAAACAAAGAUGCACUGAAGCUCUCAGAGGCCUACGUCUCCACCAUGGUGUCGGUCUUGUUCCAGACACAGCUUUCCAAAGAUCCCAGUCUAUUCCCAGAGCUGGCUCCUCUCCUGGGCCUGGCCAGCCCAACGGACAUCCAGGCCUUCCCCAGACUGCAGGACAACCUCAAUGUGAAGACCACCAUCAACGACAACUUGGUUCACCUCUCUCUGGAGAAGCGCUGGGCGUUUGGCCGCUGGUACAGGCAAGCGUUUGGCCCUGGCAACAUCACGGCCGGAGGUCUGAUGGUGGUCCGGGAUACUGGGAACUUAAUCACCUGCUUGCCCUUUGUCCUCUUCCAGCUCCUCUCCCCUGCUCAGAUCCUGGACGGUCUGGAUGUUCUCCUGAGGAAUCCUCUCACUCUCCUACAGCAGCAGUUUGUAGCUCAGAGUGUCUUUGGCACUUUCAGGAAUUUGACAGCUAUGCAAUUCCAUAGGCUGGGGAAUCUGUCAUGCCUGGCUGAGCCCCAAAACCUGCUGUUGUACAAAGACUCUGAGGCCUUUUCUGGCAUCCAAGACAAGAUCAGGAGCUGCGCCAUCCACGGUGUCAGCCUACCUAGCAACAUGAUCUCCAGUCUGUUCCUGAACACCAGUGAUCUGAAAUCGCCUGGGUCCCUCUCCUCAGCCCGCCUCUCCCAGCUCGCAGAUUUUCUUCCCUGGCUAGGCAUUGACUUCUUGCAGAAGCUCAACCAAUCACAGCUCAACCUUUCUCUUCCUGCCUUAUCUGCUGUGACCUUCUCUUCUGCAGAGGCUGCUGUAAUUGUGGACAAGUUGUCCAGCAACACUCUGUUUGCCCAAGGGGGGCUACAGCAGCUGGGGUCCCUGGUGAAAGGGGUGAAGGUGGAAACCCUAUGGAGCCUGUCCUCCAAAACACUGCUAUCCUCACUGCCUGCCAUGGCCCUGCCCAACCUCACCCUCAGCCCUUCACAGGCCAACGCUGUGGCCAGCAAACUCUGGGGCUCUGUGAAUGUGACAGCCUGGCUGGACCAGGUGGAACCUCUCCUCUCCAGCACCCCUCUACUGAGCCUGCUGUCCUGGGCACGCCCCCUGAUGACCAAUACUUCCUCUACAAACACACGCCCCUGGAACACCCAGCAGGCCCAGGCUCUGUUCCAAGAAGUGAUGAACAUCAAAUCAAACCUCUCCCCACAAGCUUUCCUUGCCCUAGGUACCAUUGGCCCAGGUGCAAGCUGCAAGGUCCUGAAGAAGCUCUUCUUCUCUCAACCCUCCUCUUCCUCCCUACGGAGUCUACUGGUCUUCCUCAGAGAGCAGCCUGUCCCUCUACACACCUCCUUGACAAAGUGUGUGAUAGAGGAACUGUACAAGCUGGACCUGUUCUCUAAUCUGCUAGGGGAGCUGGGGGCUCAGUUGGCCCUGGCCAUGACGGUGAGCACCAUUAAGAAGUUCCCUUCAGACAUGAUGAACAGCCUCAGGAAGAUGAUCGUCCAGGAGCCGCGCCACUUCCUGUUGCUCCCCAGGACCAAGCAGGAACUGCUGGUGGACAAGAUGGUGCAGACCCUGGAGAUGUACACAGGACAGUACACGCAGGAAGAGUUCCAGUCGCUGGGUGUCAUGGCGACCAGCGUGGUUGACGAGAUGUUUGUCCAGCUGGAUCGCAAGUUCCUGAUGGACAGCGUGGAGCUGCUGAGAACCCUCUGCUACAGUAGCAGCAAGAGAGACCUGAUGGCCCUGAUCCUGCAGGAGCCAGACAUCUUUGGACCGGUCCAGAACUGGACCACAGCAGUUCUGAACCAGGUGGAUCGCUUCAUCUUCUUCCUGCCUCCAGACAAGCUGAAGCUUUUACCCCCGGCUCUAUUGACCCAGGGUCGUAUUGAAAGGUUGUUCCAGAACCAGCGGCGGUGGGAGGGGGAGGAGAUGGGAGCCUUAUGCAUGGCGGGGCGGGACCAGGAAGAGAAGGUGGCGCUGUUUGGCAGAGAGCAGUUCCUGCUCCAGUAUUUCUUGGGUUUCCUCACCAUGGGCCGGCUCACAGCCCCCACGCUGGUCCCAAGCUGUGAGAACCUGAAGUCCACUGCCCCCUCGGCCUGGAGCAUUGGCAGCCUGACAGGCAUGUCCAAUGAUGCCUUCACCAGCUGCCUGGAGCUCAUCGGCCAGGACCCCUUCCUCACCCCCUAUGAGCUCACUGUGCUGUUGAAGAAAACCAAUCAGGUGUAUGGUGCUGUGGCGUCCUUCCCCCCCUCUGUGGUGUCUCGCCUGGGCAGGCUGGCCCUCCAGCUCACUGUGGAGGAGCUGGGGACCCUGAGGCUCUCAGAGCUCAGCAGCGUUGCUGCCCUGGGGGCCAUCAGCACCUGGUCCACUAGACAGCUGCCAGCGUUGUUCUCCGCACUGCUCAACUCCACCAAGCUCAGUCCCAGCCAGCUGGACUCCAGCACGUUGGUGGCCAUUGGGCAUAUCAUCUGUGGGAUCAGCUCCGUCGAAAUACGCACACUCAAUGCGGUCCAGUUUAGUAAGGCAGUGAUGUGGCUGGGUCAUCUGAGGUUGGCCUGUUCUGAGGAGCAGCUGGCGUCCCUGGUGGGUCUGCUGAGCCACGACCAGGCCUUUGGCCUCAUCAGCUCCUGGGGGCCCCAGGUCUUCAUUGAGAUCGGAGUUUUGGCAGCUGGCAUCCCAGACAUGUCCAUGUCUGCUCUGGUGAAGGAGCAGAUUGAGGGAUUCUCUCCUCUGGCUGUCUCCCUCAUCCCUCCACAGAAGUUUACUGUGGUGUUCAACCAGGCUCAGAUCAACAUGUUCUCAUAUGAGCAGGCUAUGGCAGUGACCCCGGAGCAGCGAGCCCUUCUGUCGGACGUGCAGCAGACAGCUCUGUCCAUGGUGUUGACGCCCUGGGAGAACAGACCUCUGGACUUCAGAGACAGGUCUUCAGGGCUGACCCUGAGUCCCAGUCCUCUGUGUCACCUGCUUGGACUACUGAUGCUACUGCUUUGGUUGGUCUAAACUGUCUUGUCCUGGCCUGGUCUGGUCUGGGCCACCUGACCUGCUGAAUGACUGCCUCAACGAUUCUGAAGUUGGAGAAUUUAAUAUGUAAAAAUUGUAAGAGAUUAGGUGAGCAAAGACAGUUUAGAGAAUAAUAAAAAAAAAUCUAGUGUCAGACGUAAAAAUCCUAUUCACACUCUACACAAAUAUAUAAAAAGUUAUUUAUUGAAAUGUUGCAUUUUGCUUACUAUCAAAGAUUGGGUUUAUUUGACCUUAUAUAAAUAGAACAGAUCAUUGCAUUUUGUUCUGCGCUAACCUUUGUUGAUAUUGCUGUGAGUUUUGUAUUGUUGUGAAAAUAAUCGAUAUUCAAAUAAAC